AUGUAAGUUAAUAAGUGCAUGUUCUGUGAUAAGUUGAAUAAUGAUGGAUCUUGUCAUUUAAUUCUCACAAAAGCACUUUAUUGCAAAUACUCUCAGUCAUAAAACUUUUAUUAUGAAAAAGACAUUAAUGAAAUAUUGGAUGACAAAUAAGUUAAAUCUACUAUUCGAUUCAAAGAUUAUGUUUAAUUAGAUGAACAUACAGAAUUCAUGAGGAGAUUUUAUAGAUUUUUUGAGAGCGAUGAUAGAAUACCAGCUCUUUUAGAAUACUAUAAGUACCACAUAAAUAUUCCCAGAAACUUUCAUUGUAAAGUCAUUAAUAAGAGAAUGGAAAAAAAUAGGGAAAUACAGUAUUGUAAAAUAAAAAUGGAGUUGGGUUUAUUUGAGGAAGUUAAAUAAUAAUCUCAAUCAAAAGUAAAGGACACUUCUGAAGAUUGUUCAGUUAGUUAACUUAAGUAUUUAUUGAGAGAUCUCAAAAUUGAAUCUACUUAAACUGACAUAUCUAAAAUAAGCAAUACGACUGUGCUCAGAGAUUUGGUUUAGAUGAUUGGCGAUACAAAAGUUCAGCCAAAGCCUUUCUAGAUUUUCAAUUAGAAUAAACUAAUUUAAAAAUCUUUAAAACCUACUAUCGAUGCUCAAAAAUAGAUGUACUAAAAUUACCAUGGAACUCUCAAAAAAACCAUUGAGAUGUAAUUAAGAUAGGUACAAUAAUUAAAAUCUCCACCUCUAACUUAAAGAAUCCCAAAACCGGUUUAAACAUCCAGAUAGACAUCAGCAUAGAAGCAAAGAUCUAAAAUAGAAAUUCCAAUAAAAACUAUAAAGAAGCCACCUUAAUUAAAGUCAAGGUAAGCUUCAUUAGGAAAUAUCGAAAUGACUAAAUCUUGUUUAACAACUGCAAGAAAUACUCCAUAACAGAAUGAAUUGUUAUUGGAGUUGGCCAAAAAAAUGUUUUCUACAAAAAUGACUUUCAAUAAUAGCAACUCAAAAAAGAAAAUUGAGAAACAAUAAUAAAAUAAUUUUUUUGUUAAAGGAAGAACUAGUUUAGCUAAUAGUUAGAAAAACUUUGAAGAUCUUAAAAGUUCAAUGAGAAGUUUAAGAUCACGACAUUUAACUCCUAGUUAAAUAUGUUCUUCAAAUCAUGGAACACCAAAAACUAAAAAAAAAAUGAUUUUAAAGUGA